GUUUUAGGUGAGCCGGAAAGGACGGAGCUUCAAUGUGAACGGGAUGGUUCUAUUACACGUAAUAUUCUUGAUGAAUUGGAAAGUGGCCAUAAGUUUGUGGCCAUAAGUUUGAAGACAUCGAUUUAUGGAGUCUGUUGAGACGUCAUUGUUUAAAUGGGGUAUAUAAAAGCUUUGAAUACUUGCUGGCAACUAGAAUAACAAAAUUUAAAGAAGAACCAGAAAGAUUAGAUAUCUUGCAAAUCCGUGAUAAGUAUGGUUACACUCUUCUGCAUUAUGCAGCCGAAGGAGGUUCCAAACGAAUUUUAGAAAAACUGAUGGCUUCUGACAGAAGAUUUGAUUUCUGUGAUGAAACCUACUUGGGGCACAAUAUUUUACAUCUUGCCUGUAAGAGAGGUAGAUUUGAAAUUUGUACUUUCUUACUAUCCCAGAAAGGUCUUUCCGAUAAAUUAUUAAAUGCAGAAACAAAACAAAUGUGGAAUGCAACUCAUUUUGCCGCGAUCAGUGGAGACGUUAACAUUCUGCAAUAUUUAAUAGAUAAAGGUAUCAAAAUAAAACAAACAAAAAAUGAUUUACGCAUUGUAGACAUUGCUUGUGUGAUGAAAAAUGAUAAAAUGUGUGAAAAAUUGAUACAAGAAGAUUCGUUCAUGCAUAAUGAGAAGGACAGAAAUGAUUGGAACAUUGCUCACUAUGCAGCUAGGGUUGGAAACAUAUAUGUUUUCGAACUGUUAAAGGAAAAUGAGGAUAUAGUAUUAUCGAAAACAAGAAGUCAGAAAUCUGUUUUGCAUAUCUGUUGCGAAUAUGGACAGUAUGAUGUUUGUAAUCUAAUAACUCAAAAUUACAAGAAAAUUAUAUUUGAUGUGGACAAAAAUGGUUGGAAUUCGUUGCAUUUUGCUUCAAAAGGAGGGAAUUUAAAUGUUCUCAAAUUAAUAGAUAAGACAUUAGUCCCAGAAUCCUCGCCACAGAGUCUUUGCAUGGAAACUCAUGACGGCAAAACUGCAUUGCAUAUUUCUUGUAUUCACAAACACCUCGAUAUCUGUGAAUACUUAUGCAGUAGAUUUACAAUAGAUGAGAUAAACGUGACGACCAAUGAUCGAGGUAUGCAAGGAUUUGGUUACGGAGGAUGGAAUGCCGCUCAUUAUGUGGCAGUUGAAAUAAAACAAGACGGAAGUGAGGAAAAAUUAUUUGACCUCCUUUUCGAAAAAGGAAUUGAUUUCAAGGCAGUAACAGCAGAGAAAUAUUCUGUGCUAGCAGUAGCAUGUGAACACAAAAAUAAGAGAUUAAUUACACAUUUACUUACAAAUUAUAGAGAACUUUUGGAUGUGGAGACAUCAAGUCUAAAAACGGCAGCAAAGAAUUCUUGUGAUGAUGAAGUCAUCCAGACAAUCAACAAAGCUUUAGAAAAAAAGGCGUAUAUAUAAGACAUGCUUUUUUAUCUUUCAUUUUAAGGGACACUGUGACUUUCUUAUAUAGUAAGAGCAGAAAUAUAUGCAGCCAGCCAAAGAAUUGCUUCUUUAACACAUUAAGAACUACUACAAGUCUAAAGAUUAUACUUCUGUCAUCACUAUAUAUUCAUUUUAUUUUCUUAUAAAUUGUUUGUUUGUAAGGUAAAUCAAUUUUAAUGCUUUUGUAAAACCAACAGUCAGGGAUAUUAAUUGUCACUCACAAAUCUUAUAAAUAUAAGAAGUGUAUUGCGCUUGCUGAUGUCAAAUAAUGAAACGUAAAAUAAUUCGACUACUCGCCCUCUAUAAGUGUUUCCUGAUUCAUGUACAAGGCUAAGUUAUUUGGAUCACAAAUAAUCUUUUUUUUUCAUAAA